AUGAAUAUCCUCAAGUUCCUCGGAGGAGUGCUCUUCUUCACCUUCAUGUUUUCAGGCUACACUGAGCAAAACCAAGUGAAUGUGCUGUGUUCCACAGAUUGGUUCAUGGUCACCGUUCACCCCUUCUUGCUGAAUAAUGAUGUGUAUGUUCACUUUUAUGAGGUGCACCUGGGCCUUGGUUGUCCUCCCAAUCAUGUUCACCCUCAUUUCUACCAGUUCCACUACCGCGUUACUGAAUGUGGCAUCCGUAUCAAGGCCAUCUCUCCAGAUGUCGUUAUCUACAGCUCUGAGAUUCACUAUGCCUCCAAGGGCUCAUCGUCAAGAUAUGUGAUUCCUGUGUCGUGUGCUGCCCCUCGCCGGUCCCCUUGGCUCACUAAGCCCUACUCUGCAAGAGCACCUAGCAAUAACAUGGGUGCGACCCCGAAGAAUGAUACUUCCUACCACGUGUUCACCUUGCCAGAGCCUAGCCAACGACCCAACUGCAGCUGUCCACCUUAUGUCUACAAUCAAAAGAGCAUGUAA